GGCGUGUUGGCGGCGGCGGCGGCGGCGGUCUUGGCUGUGGCCUCGGGAAGUGAAUGGUUUUACCCAGCGGGCCCUGCGUUGCCUUUCUCCGCUGGCACGGGCGCUCCUCCCUACUCCUCCUUCCCGGCCAUGGCGUUCACGUUCGCCGCCUUCUGCUACAUGCUGGCGCUCCUUCUCACCGCCGCACUGAUCUUUUUCGCCAUCUGGCACAUUAUAGCAUUUGAUGAGCUGAAGACUGAUUACAAGAAUCCUAUAGACCAGUGUAAUACCCUGAAUCCUCUUGUACUCCCAGAGUACCUCAUCCAUGCUUUCUUCUGUGUCAUGUUUCUUUGUGCAGCAGAGUGGCUUACACUGGGUCUCAAUAUGCCCCUCUUGGCAUAUCAUAUUUGGAGGUAUAUGAGUAGACCAGUGAUGAGUGGACCAGGACUCUAUGACCCUACAACCAUCAUGAAUGCAGAUAUUCUAGCAUAUUGUCAGAAAGAAGGAUGGUGCAAGUUAGCUUUUUAUCUUCUAGCUUUUUUUUACUAUCUAUAUGGCAUGAUCUAUGUUUUGGUGAGCUCUUAGAACAACACACAGAAGAAUUGGUCCAGUUAAGUGCAUGCAAAAAGCCACCAAACGAAAGGAUUCUAUCCAGCAAGAUCCUGUUUCCAAGAGUAGCUUAUGGAAUCUGAUCAGUUACUUUAAGAAAUGACUCCUUAUUUUUUAAAGUUUCCACAUUUUUUGCUUGUGGAAAGACUGUUUUCAUAUGUUAUACUCGGAUAAAGAAUUUAAAUGGAAUUACGUAUACAUUAAUAUAAAAUGAUUACCUCUGGUGUUGACAGGUUUGAACUUGCACUCUUUAAGGAACAGCCAUAAUCCCUUGAAUGAUUGCAUUAAUAAUUGACUGUCCUUAGUCCAUUGGAAGCUUUUGUUUAUAGGAACUUGUAGGGCUCAUUUUGGUUUUAUUGAAAUGCCGUCUAACUACAAAUUAGCUGUAGAUACCAGGUGCUUCUGAGGAACUGAAAAUAUAUAUCUGAUCUGUGGGAAACUUCACGGGUUUCCUCAUCUAUCAUGUAGAUGAUUAUAUAUGGAUACAUUAAAAAAAUAAGAAGAGUGGGAUUUUUUUCCCUUUGACUUGAAUAUUAUCCCUGUAUAUUGCAUGAAUGAGAGAUUUCCCAUAUUUCCAUCAGAGUAAUAUACUUGCUUUAAUUCUUAAGCAUAAAUGAAUAUGAUAUAAAAACAUAUGCUGAAUUACUUAUGAAGAAUGCAUUUAAAACUAUUUUAAAUGUGUUUUAAUUUGUAAGACAUUACUUAUUAAGAAAUUGGUUAUUAUACUUACUGUUCUAACCUGGUGGUAAAGGUAGUCUUAAGAAUUUGCAAGUACUUUAGAUUUACAGAACUGAAUGAAAGAGAACAUUGUAUUACCGUCCUGCUGUUCCUUUAGUGCAAUACAAUAAAACUCUGAAAUUAAGACUUACUUUCAGUGCAUUGUUUUAAAGAUUACAAACAGCAAUUUCAUUAACUUGCUUAAUCCAUAUUAAAGGCAUUUUACUGUCAAUUUUUAAAGUAAUACAGUAUUACAUUGUUUUUUAAUACCGCAUCAGGGUCUAAAAAGAUUUUUACAUGACUAAGCACAUCACCUUAUAUUGUCGCUUGUGAGGAUCCAUAACCACUGAUGGCACAGCAUCGUCAUUUUUCUUACCAAUAUGAAAAAAUGGUGGCACUAUAAAUGUUCUAAGUUUUUUUUCCUUUUUCAAACAGGUUUUAAGAUAAAAUGAUUUAAUUUUCGCUGCUUCUUGUAAGGCAGGUAAAUUAUGGCUUGCAUGUUUUCAUAAGCAUUUUUGUUCUUUAUUUAUGAUGAGGAAGUUAAGGCAAUUGAAAAUAGUGUAAGUAGUUCAGAAGUUUCUUAGACAAAGGAUCAAAGAAUGAAAACCAGUAUAUGGAAGUUGCACAUAAUGAUCAAAGGAGUUUAUGGAUGUCUCUGUAGAAGUCUUACUCUUAAGAACCUGUGACAUAUAAGAAUUAGAUGCUGUUUCGCUAUUAGUGAAAAAUUUGAGAGAGUAACUUACUGUUUUGAGAUUGGGUAUAUUGAAGAAGAGGAUGUAGAACCAGGAGAAUGGGAAGAGUCAAACCAUUUCAUAAUGAGGGAAGCUUUAAAGGUCUUGUAUUUUGUAGUCUGGAGAACACCGUGGAUCUGACUGUUCGUCAGUUCAUGCAGUAAAGUAUUUAUUGGGCACCUCCUAGGCACUGCAAAUUCAUGCUCUGAAUGUGAGCAGUCAUUCAGUUUCUGAUCCACCUAACUAUAUCUGUACCCACUCCUGAUUUUUCUUUCUUGUUUGCAACUACUUUUGAUCCUGAGAGACCUGCCAAAGUCUAUCCACCAGAUAGAUUUCCUGGGGCUUUCAUGAUCCUGUCAAACUAUUUUCACAACCUUUAUAAGUUUUGGCAUACACCUUUUUAAUAAUGUUUUCCAGAAUAUUCUCCAGGAUUAAUGCAAGGUUUACUGUUUGCGAUUUGUAGAAGCCACCUUCUCAUGCUUCGAAAAUUAGAUAUGUAGGCUGUGGCAGGGUAGCUCAGUUGGUUUGAUCCCUGGUCAGGGCACAUAUAAGCAGCCAGUGAAUAGGUAGAACAACAAAUCGAUGUUUCUCUAUAUCUCUCUCCAAUCAAUAAAAAAAUAAAAAAAAAAUAACUAGGUAUGUAGUCUUUAGCUAAUUCCUUAAAAAUGAUUGACAGGUUUACCCAUCGCGGUGGUAGGUUGUUAGUUGUUAGGCAUGUAAGUGAUUAGAACAUUGAGUACUUGGAUGGUCUCAUAUCUACUUAUCUUUCCCUUUUCUAGUUCUUCUAGUGUUUUAUGCAGUUAAAUCCCCCAUGAGAGAAAGCAGAAACAAAACACUUGCAUUUGACAAUAUCCCAUUAACUUUUCCUUGCUCUGAAUUUGUGUCCCCCACCCCUGUUAAUGUUUUUGGAAGGCCAUGGCCUUACUUGUAUCAUUCCUGCAGGUCCAGCUGAGGCAUAGGUAGCCUGGGCUGUAAUCUUUUCUAGCUUACAUUAAAUUGCUUACCCUGCAGACAGCUGUUUAUUUAAUAAUUUUUGUCCUCUUGUUACAAUUACUUUUGAUAUUACGAGCUUUAAGAGGUUUCUAACUCUCAGAAACCAUUAGUGUAACACUGUGGUUUAUACUUAUACUAAUAGCUCUUUAUUUCUAUGGGAACUAUAGAUUCUCCUGAGUUAGAAAUCUUAUAUAACAGAUGUAGUCUAUUUAGCAGCUAUUCUGUUUAGUCAUAAUACUAUAUCAUGGCAAUAUGUCCCUUUAGUACUAAAAAGGUGUAGGGGUGGAACUUACUUGAAUGCCAAUAUCUGAAUUUUCUUAAUGACAGUUGAUGAUUUUCAGUGCUUAAUGGAUUUCUUUACCCACUAUCCCUAGGUAGAGGAGAGUCGGCUCCCAGGUUGUAGACAAACUGCUACUUCGUUUGAAAUUCCAAUUAUUUUCCAUGCGAAGGGAGUGUGAUAGGAAAUGGCCAGACAGUCCACUUUUGCCAUGUAUUAGGUAUUGGUAAAGCGUCUGAGAAACAUCAUGCUUUGUACCAUGAACUGUCAGGCCUACCAGUCAGGUUCGGAUACGCUGAUAAUGGUCUUGCACAAAACAACAAAGUAGGUGGCAGAUUGCAGUGUGUUUCUCUCUUAAAGCCUGUUUGGUAUCUUUCAUCUUAAGAGCCACUUACGCUGAUAGCUCUCCUAAGAGCUUCUCUCUGCUCCCCACAUCAACAAGCUUUGGAAAAAAGGAAGGUAUUUGUGUAAAAAGAAAAGAAAGAUGUAGGUAUACUUUGAAACUAGAAAAAUACUUUCUUUGGUACGUCUCUUUUCCUCCAGUUAUGUUUAUGAUCGGUGUUAUGAUCAGCUGUGGUGCAAAUGAUGACUUGUCUUUUUACCGCCUGCAGGGCACUGGGCUUGUCCUGGGUGUGGCAACAUCACAGCAUUGUGAUGUACUCAGCCCAUUCAAAUAAUGAUCUGUAUUUUAAAAGUACUCAUCUGAGUUUACUUAUCUAAAUGAUUUAACACCCACAAAUGUGCAUCUCAAUCAGUUGUACAGUAUAAUUGUAAAUUAGAAAUUCUGGUAUCAAAAGUAAUUUAAAACAUUCUUUUCAAAGGGGAAAGAUAAAAAUACUGAUACCAUGUCUAGUAUUGUUCAUAAAAGCACUCAUAUUCAUCCUUUUGGGGAACUAAUAAUGUUAGUCUCAAAUAUUGUAACUUAAUCUCUUUUGCUCAAACCAGUCAUUGAUCUGCAGUCAUACUAGCAGUAAACGGGCCUCUGGUACCGUUAUUACAGCUUAAAAGAUGAACUAAUACUCCGGGGUGACACCAAGACAAAAGAUGUGGUUCUUUAUUGCUGGAUAUGUUGAAUAGCUUUCUUAGAACAAUUUUGCUAAAGCUAAAUGUUGAAAGGGAAUAAACAACUCUGCUGCUUGUUCUGUUUGAUACUAACUAUAUAAGGUGAUUAAUCUGUGAGAUCAGUGUGAAGGUUUUAUCCUACAUUAUUCAUGCAAAUUUUGGCAGUGAAGAUGUAGUAAUAAGUAUCUUGACAUGGAAAAAAAUAAGUUAAUUUUAUUGUACGAUGCCUUUAAAAACAUUUGCAUUUCUUUGGUUACCAUGCUUAUGUAUUCAGAAGAAGAAAACUUUCUUGAUAGAUAGGUGAAUGGGUACCCUAAAACUGCUAAGAGAAACACAGAAUAUAAAUAGUUAGCCAUUUGUGCCCAUGGUUUGUUAAAAUCUAAGAUAACCUUAAAGGUGCUGUACACUGUUCAAAGAUGCCGCCCCAAGUAGCCCUGCCUUCUUAGAGCUUGCUUA